AUGGAUCCUGCGCAGCAAGCACAACCGUCCGGAGAUGAGUUUGAAGACCCCACAACACCUGCAGCACCUGCCCUUGACGCACAAACACAAUCUUUGAUCAUGCGAGACUUAGCCCAGGCACUGAAUCGCCUGGCCACUGCCCAGCAAGGCGGUGGAUUCAAAGACGGCGGAAAGGCGCUCAAGGCGCCUGAGGUUUUCGGUCCUAAGACGCUUGAAGAGGAGAUCAAUGGUUAUGAAGAAUGGGCAUUUCAAUUCUUGAAUUGGUUGAUUGUUCAUGAUCCAGAUUAUCGGGAAGAUCUGCAGUAUGCUGAAAGUACUACGGAGGCCUUGGAGAUCAGCUCGUACAGUGAAGAAGGAAAGAAACGGGCUUUGAAGCUUUACUCCAUUUUGUCGUCUUAUUUGCGUGGCAGACCCUUGCGGAUUUUGAAGGCUGUGAGUUCUCGUGACGGCUUUCUCGUGUGGCAGAGGUUGCAUCGUGAACUGAGGCCCUCAACUAGGUCCAGAGAGCUAGCUUUGGCUGAGGCACUUGUGUCCUUUCCUGGGAUGCAAGCGGGAACAAGCUUGCUCGAGUAUAUCCUUGUCUUCGAGAAACUUAUCAAAGAUUACGAGGCCGUAUCCCACAGCUCCUACCCCGACAACCUCAAAAUUUCCACGCUUUUGAAGGGCUUGCCUCAGGACAUCAAACGCCAUAUCCAGAUGACCUUGAGUGAGAGUUCGACAUAUACUGGGUUGCGAGACAAGCUUCUGCAGUUUGAACAGACUACGGCAAGUUGGACCACUGAGCAUGUCAUGAAGAACCUCAAUUUGACUUCGUCUACUUCUUCCUCCUUUGGCAUGCCUCCCUCUUCUUCUUUUUCUUCGCAUCACGACACGAGUGCACCCAUGGAUGUCGACCGGGUUGAAAACACCAAAGGUGGAGGCAAAUGGCACAAAGGUGGGAAGCAGCAUGACAAGAACAACAAAGGGGGUAAACCCCAUGGCAAAGGUUGGGGUUUUGGAAAGUCCAACUGGGUGCCUUGGAAAGGAAAGGGCAAAGACAAGGGUUACAAAGGAAAGGGCAAAGACAAAGGAGGCAAGAAGGGCCAUGGGCAUCAUGGGGGAAGACCCUACAACAAUGCGAAGGACAAAGGCAAGGGCAAGCGAGGUGGUCGUUCCGGAGUUGGGCCAUGCUUUAAGUGUGGUAAAAUGGGCCAUGUUUCAGCUGAUUGUUGGUCCCAGGGUCAAGUGAGACAAGUGGAAGCCCAUGACUCUGUCUCCCAGGUUGGAACAGCUGUCUCGACCAGUGCGACGCUUCCGAACUCAACUUCAGCUACAGCCACUCUUGCGAGCUCAUCUUCAAGGCCGGCGCAAGCAGCUAGCUUCGUUCGAAGGUUGGAAGACUUCAGUGAAGAGCGGUUUCGCUGGAGUGAUGAACUUGGAGAAGGUGAUGUUGCAAUCUAUGACAUGUGUGAAGGUAGUGAAGUCGAACCUCAAGACAUAGCCUUUCAUGAUGAAGUUGAGUCUUGGGAUGUUCGGCGGAUUGUGUUGGACGAUGUAGGUUCUGAUCAGUCCAAAGAUGCAAUCUGUGUCGUGGAAGAGCCAGAGCUGCGUUCCACCAGCACCAUGAUGUUUGACAUGAGCAAGUGGGAUACUGAAGAUGAGUUGGACACUUGCGAGUCUGACCUGCAUGUUCGGAUGAUUGAGGGUGAGAAUGAGGCUGACAACUCGAGGGUUGAACCGGUGAUCUUCGAUUCGGGUGCCGAUGUGACAGUGUUGCCCAUGGAUCGGUAUGCACAUGUGGGAUGCAGCAGCGACAGCGAGUUCCGAUUGAGAGAUGCGCAGGGAAACCGAAUCCCAGGUAGUGGAACCAGAGCAAGAGUUCGCUUCGAGGUUAAAGACAUUGAUGGAGGAACGAUUGUGUUUGAAGAAGAUGCGGUCCUCGCUCAGGUAGCUACGCCUCUGCUGUGCACCGAGAGGAUCUUCAAAGGAGGUUGGAGCCUCUUACAAGGCCAAGCUCCUGGGCACAUGUUGCUAAGCAAAGGUUCAGCAAAGAUUCCUGUGCACUGGCAGAAGCACUCCUUAGCCAUGGUGAUGCACAUUCGCAAAGUCGAUGAGUGUCAUGUGCGCAUGGUCAUCGAUGUCGGUGAUGAGCUUUAUUCCUUGGUAAGAAGUCGAGUUCCAGGGUGGUCAAUAACUACUUCGGGACAUCCUGUGUGUGUCGCCUCAAAUGUUCGCCAUACUGAAGAUCCAACUUUGAAGUAUGGUUGGGAUGACAAGUAUCAGUUCAGGACGACGUUGAUCCAGAAGCAAGGUCGAGAGUUUGAGGUCUUUGAGAGCGGAGAGUACUGGGAUGGCCGAGAGAAGAAGGAGAUUGCUGACUUUGGAAAGUACACCACGCUGACACUUUUGACCCAGCAUCCCGUUGAUCCUGACUACUUUGGGAAGGUGAUCUCGAAUGUAGUGCCUUCGCAUGUUCAGGCACUUUUGGAUAAAGACGAGAGGGAAGCCAGAGAGAGAGAACAAAGAGAAGCUCAGGAAGCCAAUGACACUGAAAAGGGGCCUGUGGCUCCAGCGCCCGAAGUCAUCGUAGAGGAUGGCCGCGAGGUAGUGACUUUGGCAGGCGUUGAAGUUGAGGAGACUUCUUCUUUGAACACGUUGCGCGCGGCGUGUAAGUUCUUGGGUGUCUCUGCGCAUGGAUCACGGAGUCUUCUUUGGAGUAGGGUGAAAGAAACAGUGUCGAGAUCACGGUUGGAUGCUGUGACGCAGAUUUCGGAUGCUGUCCUGAAAGAGUAUGAACGAGAUCCCCGUGCAGAGCCACUCGCAAAAGCACCCUCAGUGGAAGAGCAAGAAUUACACAGUUUGACGCACAUGCCGAGGCAACCGUGGUGUCAGGCAUGUCUCGCGGCUAGGUCCAAAGAGGACAAUCACACGGAGUCUGUAGAUGAGAAUCGUGCGGUUCCUGUGCUGGCACUUGACUACAUGCACACCGGCACCGAGGGAGACAAGGACAUGAGAGAUCCGCUGGCGAAGCAUCUUGUUGCUGUUGACAUGAAGACAAAGUACCUCCUAGUUAUCCCCAUUGAUGCGAAAGGGGGCUCCUCUUUGAUGAGUGCCACCGAGGAGAUCACUAGAAUGCUUUCUUCUUUAGGGUACAAUGAGGUGCAUGUUCGAGCUGACACGGAACCUGCCAUGGAACAGUUGGUCAAUCAGAUUGUCGAGGUAAGAGCUAAGAUGGGAUUGAAGACAGGACGAGAGCCAGUACCGCCUGACAGCAGGGUGCGCCAGGCUUUGCCCGCUGAAAGGUACAUACACACAAUUCGUCAACUUGGUAUGUGCCUCUUGGAGUCAAUCAAACUGAAGUGCGGCUACCGUGUGCUCUCUGAUCAUCCCGCUUUCUCAUGGGCAUUCAGACAUGCAGCAUGGCUGUAUACGCGUUACCAUGUUCUUCCUUGUGGGAAUACUCCGUUUGAGCUAGUAAAUGGUCGCGUUUUCUCUGCCAAGAUUGCGCCUUAUGGCUGCGUUGUGUAUGCCCAAUGCCUUCCAAAGAGUCAAGCAAAAGGUGUAGCAUGGACAAAGGGAAUCUAUCUUGGAAGAUCCCAUCAAGGAGCAGUGAAUGUGAUCGGGACGCCUGCUGGGAUCCGACUUGCGAGGUCAAUGCGAAGGUCACCAACUGAGUACGAGCCAGCACUUUUGGAUUCGAUUAGAGGUGUUUCUUGGAAUUGGGCACUGGGAGCCAUAGGUUUGAGAGUGCAGAGAGGUAGACGUCAGAGGAUGCCCAUACUUGUGGAAGCAGCAGAAGAGGAACAGAAUGGAUUCCCGGUUUCGGAUCCCCAAACCGGGAGUCUUCCUGAACACUCCGGUCCAACACCAGAUGAGGAACAGAAGCCCUCUCCUGAGGUGAGUGAGGGUCGAGAUGAUCUGUCGGUUUCACUCCCAGGUGGGCAUGGGAGUUCUGCGAGCUCAAGUUCAGUGGCGUCAGGUAUGGUUCCCGAAGCGGAAGGUAUUGGUGAAGAAGGUGAAGUGGUUGAGCCCAUAGCGAAGGUCCCCCGAAAAGAAGGUCACGAGCGAAGAGUGGACUUCAUUAGAAGAGUGGAGCCCGAAAGAUAUGAUCCCUCAGAGGAGAUAGUGAUUCCUGAUGUCGGAGGUGAUUUGGAUGAUUGGGAAGAUGAUGCAGAACUUCAGUGGGACCAGGAAGCAGAAGAGCUUGAGACGAUGCUCUUGGGUGAUUAUGAAGCCGGGCCUCCUGACCUUAGUGCAGAGGCCCUAAGUCGACUAGAUGAAGAGCGAGAUGCGUUCGAGUUGAACCGGUUGAUUGCCAUGGGGGUGUUGGUAGAGAUCCCUGAGGGGAAAGAGCUGGAUGAGAACAUGACUGAGCUGAGUUCAAAGAAUGUACGAGAUUGGCGGUGGCGUGACAACCAAUGGACUAGGCGUAGUCGGUUGGUUGCGAGAGAAUUUAGAUCACUCGCUCCAGAUCUUCAAGAUCUCUACUCCCCAGCAUCGAUAUCCAGCACAACCAAGGUGAUGACUGCCCUAGCUGCCACGUCGGACCAGCUCGAGGUCUACUCUUUGGAUGUUUCUGAUGCAUAUUUGGCAGUUCCUCAAAGGACCCCAAAAUACAUCAUUGCUUCAAAUGGAAGGCGGUACCAAAUUCUCUUCAACCUACCAGGUCAGCGAGAGGGAGCUUCUGGUUGGUAUGAACACUUCAGAGCCAUCUUGGAAGGUCAUGGGUUAAAGGCUUGUCCAGUUGCGCCUGCAAUCUUCUCCUUGCCCAAGAAGAUUGCAAUCAAUUCCCACGUCGAUGAUGGCCAGGUUCUGGCGACACGCGGUGCGAUGGAGGACCUGAAGAACCACUUGGAGGCUGCGAAGCUUAAGAUCAAGAUCGAGGGGCCGUGCACACUUCGGGGAGGUCAGUGUAGAUUCUUGAAGAGGACUUACGAAGGUGAUGGAAAUCGGUUUGUCGUGCAUCAGGAAGGGAAAUACAUUCAAAAGAUUGUGGAGCUGCUGGGCCUUGAAAAGGCAGCUGUGAAGAACACGGUGUGGCCGAAUGGCCUUAUGGCCAGUGAGGAGGACAUGGAGCCACUUGAUCCUGCAGAUCACCAGACCUUCCGGUCAGUUGUGGGAAUCAUCUUGUACAUCAGCCCUGACCGCCCUGAAAUCCAGUGUGCCUCAAGGAAGUUGUCGUCAGCAGCAGUGAAGCCAACCAGGUUUGAUCUAAAGUGCCUUCGUCAUGUUUGCAAGUACUUGAAGGGCACCGUGGACUAUGCAAUCGAAUUCCCGAGGACGUAUCCUGGAACUUCUUUCUUGGAGCAGAAUGCUGGUGAGAAGACAAGUAACUUGGAUGCAACGAUCUAUUCAACACCCAGUCUUUUGGAGACUGUGUCUGACGCAGAUUGGGCGUCUGGUCCAGACCGGCGUUCAACCACAGGGUACGUGAUCUACCUAAACGGGUUGCCAAUAUACGGGACCUCGCGUAGGCAACAUGCAAUCGCAUUAUCGUCCAUGGAGUCUGAGCUCUACGCGUUGCUGGCAGCUGUGUCUGAGGGUUUGUUCUUGAGUGCGGUCAUCGAAUUCAUUACGGGACUUCAGCCAGAACAUCGACAUUACACAGAUGCCUCAGCAGUCAUCGGGUUCUGCAAGAAGCAAGGAGUAGGCAGAGCUAGACAUGUGGCAGUAGCAGCCCUAUGGGUACAACGAGAGUUGAAGAGUGGAAGGUUCACGCUGCACAAAGUGUCUGGUCGCGUAAACCCUGCAGACCUACUCACGAAACAGUUUACUGCCCAAAAGAUGAAGCAACUCUUGUAUCAGUUCAACAUGGUGGACUCCAGAACUUCGAGCCUGCGGAUAGGUGACCAAGAACAUCGGCAAGAGAUUGUUCGUAGGGUUGUUUUUGGACAAGGAACGAUAAAGGCCUUUCGCGCUGCGCUCAUGGCCAGUCUGGUGCAGCAGACGAUGGGCAGUGGGCCAGAGACCAACUUCACUGCGAAGGUGACGCAUGGAAGAAUCUUCUUCUAUGUGGCAAUGGCUGUGGUCUUCAUCAUGGUGAUGUUUGGUUACUUUGCCUACCAGUACAACGAGACCUUCGACACCAAGCAGUUCAGCGAGACCUACGACAUCAAGCAGUUCAGCGAGAUCUUCAACACCAAGCAGUUCAGCGAGACCUACGACAUCAUCACGCAGUUAAGCGAGAUCUACGACACGGAGCAGUUCAACGAGUUCGAGAGUGUCAAGGAAGUGGUCAUGGUCAUGGCGAUUGCCCUCCUUCACCAUUACAAGUUCACCUGCAUGAUCCUCAUUGGUCAAACUUUGGUGAAGCCUGUGAAGGGUCAGCCCAGAGAAGGAGAUGUUGUGGUGGACAUGGUGCUAAUUGCAGUAACAAUGGUCAAGCAGUGGAUGGAUGGCGACUACCACCAGUGCUUCAGCGACUCCGUCAUCCUUGCGUCAUUGGAUGCCCAAGACUUAGCGAGCGCAGCUAGUACGUGUACACCGACGACGCAUACGACAAACGAUGAGUUAAAGGAAAAGCUAUGGACAUGGAUGGAAGAGAAUGUGGUCCCCGUGCUUGAGUGCCAGACGCACGUGACGCGCAUCACUGGCACGCAGCAUGGGCAUGGCUACGUUCGGGCCUUAAAUGGGUCCAAGAUUGCAGACCUGGUCCUUUUCCUUGACUUGGUAAGCUUGGCGACGCUGGCAGCUGCGCAGCGGCAGCUGGCGUGA